CGUCCGCCAGCUUCACUCAUGUCUGGGUUGAUUUGCCCUGUGCUGUACUGCUAGAUGAUUGUCUAUUUCUAAAAAAUAAAUAAAAAUAAACACACACACAAAAUAAUCGCAUUUUACGAGAGCAUUUCACUUGACCGUGUCUAAUCGCUCGGCGGAUCUGAUCUCGGUGAAGAUGAAUGGAGCGGCGUUCCCCUCUCCCACAACCGAGAUGGCGGAGAUGAACCGGAUCCACUAUGAGCUGGAGUACACCGAGGGCAUCAGUCAGAGGAUGCGUAUUCCUGAUCAGCUCAAAGUGGCUCCGUAUGAGUCUGAAGAGCAGGAUCUUCCAGAACAUAAGACGCUCCACACGGCAAUGAUGCACGUUCCUGAGAGAAUCAUGGUGGCAGGAGAUAGUGAUGACAUGCAGUUUCCCAGAGAUCUAGACCUCAUCCAGUCCACCCAGCUGGAGUCAACACUGUCCCUCAAGACACCACCUCGGGUCCUGACGCUCAACGAAAGGCCCAUCGACUUCCUCGGAAUGGAGCAGCCGAGCUCCGCCAGUCAGCCCAGCAAAGAAGCGCGCACGCAAUCCAGGACACGUAGAGAGCGCUCGGUCAGCGACAACACAGGUGUGCAACACAAUGGCCAGCUCGCCAGAAACGACUCCAUUGGUAUGACUUCCUCUCCCUCUGCUGCAUUGCGCACUAUGGCUCCUCUCAGCGGUGCAGAGGAUGGAUAUAACCUCUUCAGCGCCCGCGGCGUCCUUUCCUUCAUCCAGUCAACCACACGUCGGGCCUACCAGCAGGUCCUUGAGGUCCUGGACGAGAACCAGCGCAGCAAGCCAUCUCUUAGAGGGGGUUCAAUCCUCUCAAACCCCCAGCAUGAGAACAGGCAUGCCCUGGCCACACUGGACUCGACUCUGGAGGGAGCAGCAGACGACAUGGCUGUUGUGGACGCCACGUCUCUCCGCAGACAGAUUGUCAAACUGAACCGGCGUUUGCAGCUCUUGGAGGAGGAAAACAAAGAGAGAGUCAAGCGAGAAAUGAUCAUGUAUUCCAUCACUGUAGCUUUCUGGGUUAUCAACAGCUGGGUCUGGUUCCGUCGCUGAAGCUACAUGGACUCUGCAAUGUGGGAGGGGCCAAAUCAAAACUCCGCCCCUCUGUUCUAUGUGUCAAACCUUAGCCUUAUUUUUUUAUGGCUAAAAAGUUUUAUUUUCUUCACAGUAAGAGCAGUAAAGUCAGAGAUGGCUUUUGUGUUGUGUGUUUUGGGUUUGUCUGUCUGGUUUCAUUUUAUUGUUAUAAAUAUGUAUUUAUACUGUACAAAUGUUCUUUUUCUUGGUUUUGUACAUUUUUAAUUACUUUAGUUUUUUUUUUUUUUUUUGGCAUAAGUCAAGCAUGAACCAGAUGUAUGUAUUACUUCACUUCUCUUUGAGCUUUGGGUGUAAUCAUUUAUUUUUCCAUGGGAUUACAAAUAAGUAUAAUAUUAUGUCAACUUUUACAAAGACCAAUGGAAUGCACUGAUUUGGCAUAGUCAAAAGAAGAGCAUAUAAUAUUAAAUAAUAAGAAUAUUUACGGACUGUUGUGAUUUUAGGUACAUUAUGUACAUCUGUAUGUUACUUGCAUCGACAUAGAAACCAUACUUGUUAAGUGCAAGUUUAGUCCUGGUCAUAAUUUAUGUACAUUAUUGUAAUAUGCUGAUGUUGUUAUUUCUGCUCGUUUUCAGCAGGAUAUUGCUAAAAUGAUUCACAUUCACACUCACAGAGCCAUGAACAUUGUAUUACAAACGCUUUUAUUUGAAUAAAUGACAACAGUAGUGAACUGCA